GCUGCAGCACAACUGUUUCCGGGUUCACCGGAGCAACAUGGCGGCGCCCAUCGGUCUCCAUCUGGAAUUCAGAGGUGGUGCUGAGCUGCUCUUUAAUGGAGUAAAGGAUCAAAACGUCACAUUGCCUGGCCAGUCAACACCAUGGGACAUUCGGCAGCUCCUGGUAUGGAUCAAAAAGAACUUGCUCAAAGAGCGGCCAGAACUUUUCAUUCAAGGUGACACUGUGAGGCCGGGGAUUCUGGUUCUGGUCAACGACGCCGAUUGGGAAUUGAUGGGCCAGUUGGACUAUAAACUGGAGGACCGAGACAACGUCGUGUUUAUAUCAACUUUGCACGGUGGUUAAAGGGACAUUUAAAAAUAGACGAGAGUUUCCUCUGUACCAAUGUCUAACCGCGGCUUCUCGGUGAUAAAGUGACAGCAUGAUGUUCUCGAGGUUAUCCGGAUCCGCUCCUUGUAAUACACAAAUCGUUUGACCCGCAGUGCAUGAGGAAUACAGACCAGAGUAAGAAAAUCAGCGUUUAAGUAUAGAUUUUGAGCUGCAAAAUGAAAUAAGCUUCUCCGAUCCUUAAAGUCCUUAAUCUCUCCUUUUAAAAAAAAGUAAUUCCGACAUAUUAUGUGGGCAGUAAUAUUACAUGGUUUAACAUAAUCGAGUCAAUGCACCGAGACCUGAAAUCUCCUUUCUGUUAAAAUGUUACCUAACCCCCCCCCGCCAGAAUUAUUUCGAUUUUCUUUCUAGUUAAAUUGAAAUUAAAUCGUUGACUCUUG